AAUUUAUGGACACAACUAUUUUAGAAGCAAUUAAACAACUUCCUCCAAAAUAAUAACCUACAGCAAUCGCAAUCUAGCACCAUCUCAAUAAAUGGGCUGACUCAGAGAAACAAGUUGCAAAGAAAGUACGUCAACUUUAAACAGAGUAUUUGAGGAGUGUUAUUCCUUUAUAAAAUGAAAUUAAUGCUAUAAUCAAAGGACUCAGAGCUCCAACUGAAGAGGAAAUUAAAGAUGCAAACACAUAUUAAAUUGAAAUCAAAGAUGUCAAAGCAUCUCCACUCCAAAAUUAUUGGGGUCAAGUUUUGAUGAAUAAUAGUCUGACAGGAAAAUUGAUAUCUGAAGCAGAUAAAAGCAUUUUUAGACAUUUGCUAUCAGUAAAUGUUGAUUUAGGAGAAAAUGGAAAGGAUUUUACAAUCAAUUUUGAGUUUGAAGACAAUGAUCAUUUUGGUGCAUGCAUUUUAACCAAAUCAUAUGUUUUUGAGAAUUCAGAUGAAGAAUUUCCAACAAAAUAAAAGGGAUCUUAAAUCAAAUGGAAGGAAGGUAAAAACAUAACCAAGAAGAUUGUUAAACGCAAAUAAAAGAAUAAGAAAACAGGAUAAACAAGGGAAAUUGAAAAGGAGGAGAAAGCCCCAACAUUUUUCCAUUUCUUCGAAGAUGUUGAUUAGAUCAACAAUGAAGAUGAGAAAGUUGAAAGAGAAUAAUUUGAUUAUGAAUUGGGGUCAUAAUUUGUGAAUACAAUUAUACCAAAAGCUUUAUUCACUUAUUUGGGACUGAAGGCUGAUGAUGAUGAAGAUGAUUUUGAAGGAGAUGAGGACGAUGAUGAGGAUGAAGGCGAGGAGGAAUCUUUAGAUGAUGAUUGA